CUCUCUCUCCCCUGGUUUGAAGGGCUGGCCAAUCAUGGGCAGCAUCACCAUGGCCUUUAUAGAGAGAGAAAAGAAAAAGAAACGAAAGGAAAAGAAAAGAAAAAGAAAAUUAAAAAAAUAAAAGAGAGAAUAGAGAGUGAUGUUCAUGAUUCAAUGUCAUGUGCUGAUCCCUUCUUAUUCAUCCCCAUCUCCACAUUGAUCACACUCGGUUCCAUUCGAUUGUUCGUUCAUUCAUUUUUUUUUUCUAGGGUUUUGAAAUGGAGGAAAGAUAAAGCUGGUGGUAGCUUCAGAUUCAUGGAAUCAUUCACUUUUAUCAGAUUGAAAAAGGGGGAAAAGGGGGAGAAUAUUAAGAGAGAGUCGUCGUUGGGGGCCGUGACAUUGCUCUUGCUUCAAGGGUUUUGUAGACAGAGAAAGUGGGCAUUGAAUUUGGGGAAUUUUUAGACGGAAAGAAGGGGAGAGAGAUGUUGGCAGUGGCUGGGGGAGAAGGAGCGCAGAUGGAGAAAGAUUUCGAUUCCAAGCUUAGGAUUCAGAGCAAUUCCUCUAAUGGUGGCACUGCUGGUGGCGGCGGCGGCGGUGGCGGUGGAGGUGGAGGGGGUGGGGGUGCGGGUGCGGUUCAGAGAUCUAAGAGCUUUGCGUUUAGGGCUCCCCAGGAGAAUUUUACUAUUCAGGAUUUCGAAUUGGGGAAGAUCUACGGCGUCGGGUCCUAUUCCAAGAUCAACGGUUGAUAAUUGUACAGCAAGGAUGAUGAUGAUGGUUGUGAGGGCAAGGAAGAAGGACACUGGAAUUGUGUACGCUUUGAAAAUCAUGGACAAAAAGUUCAUCACAAAAGAAAAUAAAACAGCUUAUGUGAAGUUAGAACGCAUUGUGCUUGAUCAAUUGGAUCACCCUGGCAUUGUGCGAUUAUUUUUUACAUUUCAAGAUACCUUUUCUCUGUAUAUGGCACUUGAAUCAUGUGAAGGUGGAGAACUGUUUGAUCAAAUAACCAGGAAAGGUCGUUUGUCAGAGAAUGAAGCUCGCUUCUAUGCAGCUGAAGUUGUAGAUGCUCUUGAAUAUAUUCAUAGUCUAGGAUUGAUACACCGGGAUAUUAAGCCGGAGAACUUGCUACUUACUGCAGAUGGACAUAUCAAAAUUGCUGAUUUUGGGAGUGUAAAGCCUAUGCAGGAUAGUCUAAUUACCGUCCUUCCCAAUGCAGCAUCAGAUGAUAAGGCUUGUACAUUUGUGGGAACUGCUGCUUAUGUCCCUCCAGAAGUUCUCAAUUCUUCUCCUGCAACGUUUGGAAACGAUCUUUGGGCACUUGGCUGCACUUUGUACCAGAUGCUUUCUGGAACUUCUCCUUUUAAAGAUGCAAGUGAAUGGCUUAUUUUCCAAAGAAUUAUAGCGAGAGAUAUCCGAUUUCCAAAUUACUUUUCCGAUGAAGCUCGAGAUCUCAUUGACCGGCUAUUGGAUACAGAACCCAGCAGAAGACCAGGUGCUGGACGUGAUGGUUAUGCUUCACUCAAGAUGCAUCCUUUCUUCAAUGGAGUUGACUGGAAGAAUUUACGCUCACAAACCCCUCCUAAACUUGCAAUGGAAGCGAUGGCUCAUUCAAGUGAAGGAGAUGAUGGUCAGGAUUCAUGGAACCCUGCACACAUUGGGGAUGGCUCGGCAAGACAAAAUGAUGGGAAUAGUGGUGCCACGUCAUCUUCUGAAGCACCUGGUUCUGUAACUAGGCUUGCUUCAAUAGAUUCCUUUGAUUCAAAAUGGCAACAAUUUUUAGAGCAGGGGGAAUCAGUUCUUAUGAUUUCCAUGGUGAAGAAAAUACAAAAACUAACAAACAAGAAGGUGCAGCUUAUACUCACCAACAAGCCAAAACUGAUCUAUGUUGACCCUGCGAAGCUGAUGGUAAAGGGAAAUAUAAUCUGGUCUGACAACCCUAAUGACCUCAGCAUCCAAGUCACAAGUCCUUCACAUUUCAAGAUUUGCACGCCAAAGAAGGUUAUGUCAUUUGAGGAUUCAAAACAAAGAGCAUGGCAGUGGAAAAAGGCAAUAGAGGGGCUUCAAAAUCGAUGAAAUCUGUUUCUGGUUUCAACAACAAAUUCUUUGGAUAUUUGACAUUCUAGAGGAACAAGGGGAUCCUUAACAGUCGGAUGCUCCUGAGAAAUAUUUAUUUACUGAAAAAGAGAGAUUCAAGUUGCAGAACCGGCUUUUCAAGGUGCAAACCAUACCCCCUCCAACCACCCCUUCCCUUGUGGCUUUGGAACUCAGUUUGUUACAAGGGGAUAUUGUGCCCAUUCUGCAUUUGUAUGGUAUGACAUGCACACAACGGCAAAUGCAAAAUGUGGGGUUUGUUGGGGAUGUGUUCAUUACUUGUUGAUUGUAGAAAAGGUACAAGCCAUUAAUGAAAAUUUAUUAUGUGAAAUCAGUACUGUGGCAAUAGAGAUUCCAACCACUUAGGGUUUGUUUUAAAACAACCUGAUACUUUUCAAGUAUUCCAUUUUGUUCUUGUAGAGAUGGAUGAAUUUUGCUCUGAAUGGUAUCAGAUGAGCUGAAGCUUUCCACACUGUUCAAUUGUAGCAUACAGUGCUUGUUUUGCAAUUUGAUGAACUUUCCCUUUUGGUUAGUCUACUUCACUUAUUAAUGGAAUGAUAUCAAAAUGAAUGAUUUUGUUGUCCA